GCAAAAUGACAUCAACAGGGGUGUGCCGGUUCAACAAUUUUCGAAGUUUUAUUUACGGUGUUUUGAUCAUUCAGGAACGACCGAGACAGUCAGGUCCGACUUAUUCUUUUUUCUCUGGGUGAAAAUUCCCAGAAAGUGGGAAGUGCAAUCGUGGCUUCAGGUCAGGGCGCUGAGGAUGGUUGUAUUACAGGUAGUUGGGGGAGGACUUGUGGGGGGAGGGUGAGGAUGGGGUGUAACUCAGCGGUGUCAGCAGUACAGAGGCAAGUGUUGAAGGUAGUGGAGGCACGCAGACGCAGAGGUUUUUCCCAUUGUGUGUGUAUGCGCGCUUAAGUGACAUUCAACCUUUAACAGUAGUGCUGACUAAUACGCUGUCCUGAGGAUGAUGUCAGUCGCUCGGGACAGUAACUGGCUGGGUGACCGCGUGGACAGCCCCAACGUUAACUAAGAGUCGAAGAUAUUUAAUGUCAGCCAUACUGGAAAUGAGGAUGAUUUAAUUUCUGAAUUAAAUAUCUGAGAAUUCGUAUGACUGAAAGGAAUGUGAAAAUUGGUAGUGGAUGAUAGAGGUAAAUUGUUACGUAAAGUUAAAUGGUGAACUACAGUGAACUCGCUGGAUCACCAAUAAUAUUUAGCACAUUAUAAUGAUUAACCACUAUAAGUGACUAUUCAUCGCAAACCCGCAAUGAACUAAUUCGAAGUUUAGUGGAUUCAAUAAAAGUAUUGUGAUCAGUGACUAUGUGGGGAAGACCUGGGAAGUAUGAGUACCUCGCCGUCAGAAGGCAUCCGGGAGGAGAGACAGAGAGGUCGCAGGAGGGUCUGGGCGCCCAUACGUAGUGUGGUGGGUGCAGCAGUAGUGAUACUCUGCUCAGUCUCCUCUAUAGGAGUCUACGCCACUUUCAACCACCGUUCUUACUGUGGGGAGUCAGCCCAUACUCAUCGCUACUACAUGAGAAUAGUGGGUGGGAGAAGUGUGUUGGCAGGGGAGUGGCCCUGGCACGUGGCACUGCAGCAAAAGGACCCAUACAGUGGCAGACGACUGGGUCAGCACUGUGGUGGCACCCUCAUCCACCCUUCCUGGAUCCUCACUGCAGCUCACUGCAUCGUCGACCCGAUCUUCAAGUUUGCGCUGCCUCCACCUUUUUGGACAGUUCGUGUGGGAGAGAUCAGCCUCUCGGUGGAGACUGCAAGACUCUACCCUGUCUCCAAGAUUAUUACACACAAGCAUUUUGACGCCAAGACAUGGAAUAACGACAUCGCUUUAGUACAGCUGAGGAAGCCCUUGGACCUCGAAGAACAUGCUGGACUAGUCAACACUAUCUGUUUACCUUCCAGAAAUAUGUCGUUCCUGGGCCUCCAGUGCUCUGUUACCGGCUGGGGAAGGACUAAGAAGCAUGGAAGUAACUCAGACUUGCUGCAGACAAUCCGGGUGCCAGUCAUGCCUGAUAAGAAGUGCCAACGAGCAUACAGGAAAGUCAGCCCAGUGAGUAGCAGCAUGAUUUGUGCUGGCUGGGAGGAUGGUGGCAUGGGACCCUGUGUGGGUGACAGCGGAGGACCCCUACAGUGCAGAACGAGCGGAGGACCAUGGGUACAGGCUGGCAUCACUUCCUGGGGUGUCGGGUGUGCCGAGCCGUCAUACCCAGGUGUCUACAUCAGGGUCACAGACUACCUCGACUGGAUCAACAAACACCUCGAGAAGACCUACUGACUGAUGAGCAGAUAAGAAGUUGAUGGUAAUUGAUGGUAAUUUCACUGCACGUAGAUAGAUUAUUAUGUUCAAGUGGAACAACUAAACCAGUAUGGGAAUUAGAGGUAACAAUUUGACCCAAAAAAAAGGAGGGUAGCUUUAAUUAAUUGAAUACAAAGCCCUUCACCUGUAUGAAGACCCAUUCCUUCAAGGAUGGACGUAGAGUCGCGUGAGUUUCAGAAUUAGUGGUACAAAAAUGGUUUAGCAAUGCGGACUAGAAUUCACUUAGAUGUGCAAAAAAAAAAAAUGAUUAACGUCGAAGUGUAAAGCACGUUAUCUUGCACCUGGGUGACGGUGUGAGGGAGAUGUAGCAGCACCUGAGUGACGGUGUGAGGGAGAUGUAGCAGCACCUGAGUGACGGUGUGAGGGAGAUGUAGCAGCACCUGGAUGACAACGUUUAGGGCACCAGGAGGUGUCUACUACAACGGUAAUGAGCAGCAAGACUUAGAUUCGAACUCAUGUUGGACACACAUUAGUUCAGCCAGACUCUCAAUUGGUUUCACGGGCACUUUUUUCGACUUUAUUAUCAGUGAUCGCAAUUCAGAAAAACAUAUACAACACUUAACAUGAGAAUGCCUUUGAUACACGAUGCAAUUUAAUUACUGGAAGCACUCAGCCCGUAGGUUCAUACAGGGACUGGGAAUUAAGAGAUUUAGGUCUCGAUUAGAGGAAGGAAAGAAUAAGUUCAGUCUGUUGGAUCUGGAAGACUAUAUAGUGGUAUUGAGUCUCUCUUUAGGGGAUUAAUAAAUUAUGCAGGAUUUAUGAACGAUAAAAAUAAAAAACAAAUUUC